ACGGCUUACAGAGUACCUACUAUACCAGCCUAGCUCCACAGAGCGAAAUCCCUUUCUCUGAUUCCUGAAGCUUACCGUCCUUGAGCCUGUUCACCAUAACCUUUCCACCGAGAGGAAUUCUUUCCCCCUGUGUAAAUGUGUUGAGGUCGUGCACCGGCAUACCCGUCGUUGAUCGUAGUGUACAUGGGUACUUCGGUAGGCACGUGGUCCCACCAGUUUCGGCCGUGGCCCACCACGACAAGUGCCGUCGAAUAAAAAGUGGCGGGCGAGGUCACCCACCUCCCCACACGACCCUACGGCUUAAACGUUGUUCACAAGCUGGAGGUGCAUGGUUUACAAAAGAGGCUCCAAGGACAACCCAUCCUGAGUCUGGCUGCCUAUUGACCCAUCCAAGAUUGUUCAAAGGCACAGAUACGGAUUGCCAGCAUGUCCGCCUUCCUCUACUACCUGGUCUACUUCCUGGCUGGCUACACCGCCCUGACGGUCGCAUUCUACAUGGUCUCCAUCAUCGUGCCCAAGGCGGCCUUUGUGGCUCGCCUGCUGGCGUCGUAUAUCUCGCUGAUCAUAUCCGCCCUCUACGGCGUCCUGGCGUCCAUCGUACUCCGACUCUCGGGCAACGUCCAGAUCGCCCAGUGGGCGACGGGGCGCAGCUUCAAGUACCUCAUGGCGACGACCACCGGCGUGACCUUCGACGUGAUCGACCCCAAGGGCCACCUCGACACCGUCCGCCCCGCCGUCUUCAUCGGCAACCACCAGACCGAGCUCGACGUGCUCAUGCUGGGCUGCAUGUUCCCAAAGUACUGCAGCGUGACCGCCAAGUCGUCGCUGAAGAAGACGCCUUUUCUCGGCUGGUUCAUGACCCUGAGCGGGAGCAUCUUCAUCGACCGCAAGAACACCAAGGAUGCCAGGGAGGCCAUGAAGGGCGCCGCCGACGAGAUCAUUGCGCGGAAGCAGAGCGUGUACAUGUUCCCCGAGGGCACCAGGAGCUACGCGAAGGAGCCGAUGCUGCUCCCCUUUAAGAAGGGCGCAUUUCACCUUGCCGUCCAGGCCCAGGUUCCAAUCGUGCCAUGCGUCGUUGCAAACUACAGCCACGUACUGUAUGUCCGGGAUCUGCACUUCGGGUCGGGCAGUAUACCUGUUAAAGUGCUCGAUCCCAUUCCGACGACCGGUCUCACGGCUGCCGACGUCGACGAGCUUACGCGAACGACACGGGACCUCAUGCUCAAGGAGCUCUUCGCCCUAACCGCACAAGCACGAGGCUCCCCGAUUCCGCUGCCGACUGACACGGAAAACGGCACUGCGAAAGCGAGCGGGGUAGAGAUCAAGGCUGCCUCAUGACAAGGCUGAAUACUUGCGGAGCACAUGCAGCCGUCGCGACGAUAAAUUCAGAGAUGGAGGGAGUCAGUUGCUCCCCAGCACGUUGUGCAGCCAAGAGCUGCACUGCACCGGGGUUGAGGAACGAGGAGGUAAAGGG